AUGAGAAAAUGAACAACGACCCUUCUUCUUCUUCUUCUUCUUCUUCUCUUCCAACCACUUUCUUCGGUCUUCUUCUUCUUCACUCCUCCAAAUGCAACAACAUCACUCUCUCUGAAGUCUUCACCGACUUCGCCACCAGAGAAUUCAAUGCAUUCCUCUGGUACGCUCUCAUUGUCACCACCACGCUUCUGCUCAGAAAACUCUUCAAACUCUUGUCCUUGUGGCAACUCGCUAGAACCCUUCCUGGACCUCCCUCUCCCUCUUUCUUUGCCCACCACCGCUACCUCGUUUCCCGGCAAAACUUUACUGAUGAGAGGUCAUAGAACCAAACUUUUUUGGUAUAUCGGAAAUAUAAUUUGCACCCUCCAGGAAUCAUCAAUCCCUGGAUGGUGGUCCUUCGUCUCCCCAACCCAUAUGUUCCUAGCUCUUACCCAGUGGCGGAUCCAGGACCCCAGGGUCAGGGGGUUCAAAUUUUUCAAAACAACAGAUGUGUUGUCAAAAUUCCAUGAGAAGUAUGGACCGAUUGUUAAGCUAUGGCUUGGUCCUACUCAGCUUCUGGUGUCAGUCAAGGAUCCAAUGUUAAUUCAAGAGAUGCUUACAAAGGCUGAGGAUAAAUUGCCUUUUACUGGAAAAGUAUUACAUCUAGCCUUUGGGCAAUCAAGCCUCUUUGCUCCUUCCUUUGAAAAGGCUAAAAAAAGAAGGGAAUUAUUGGCAACAGAGUUGAAUGAAAGAUUGCUAGGGACUGCUGAUCUGAUGCCUAUGAAGGUUGCUGACUUUAUCGUAGAUAAGAUAGAAAACACCAGGGUCAGAGGAAGUAUUGGUUGUAGAUUGGUUUCCCAGCAUAUGGCUUUCACCUUAAUGGGAGCCACAUUCUUUGGAGAUGGCUUCUUGGCCUGGCCAAAGGCUGCAAUGUAUGAGGAACUUCUUACAAUGAUUGGUAAAGAUGCUUGCUUUUGGGCCUCAUAUAAUGUUACUCCUUUCUGGAAACAAGGAUUUUGGAGGUAUCAACGCUUAUGUAAUAAGUUAAGAUGCUUAACUCAGGACAUGCUUCAACAUUGCAGAAAAAGCUGCAAGAUAUUUGGCCAUACUGAUGAAAAUGUUCAUAGUGAAAGUUCAAACCUAGACAUGAAAUCAGCAGAUGGUGCACAAUGUUGUUCUGAUAAUGAGUUCCAUAAUUACUAUUUUUCUCACGACCUUAAUGGUCACCAAAAUGCUGAUGAUGAAACCUGUGGGAACAUCAUGCGUGUUAUGUUUCAUGGAUGUCAAACUACAGCUGCUUUAAUUGCGAAUGUAUUGACUAAUCUUGUGACGCAUCUGGAACUACAAGAUAAGGUUUAUUCAGAGAUUAGCAUGAUUGGAAGAAACCCAUCAAAAUAUAAGCAUGAAGAUGUUUAUAGGAUGCCAUUGCUAUUGGCUACAGUUUAUGAAUCUGCGCGCCUGCUCCCCAUUGGUCCAAUGCUGCAGAGGUGUUCUUUGAAACACGACUUAAGUUUUGCAAGUGGCGUAACCAUACCUGCUGGAGCGAUGCUUGUUGUGCCUGUUCAAUUGGUACAGAAGGAUGACUCCAGUUGGGGGAGUGAUGCAUGUGAUUUUAAUCCACACCGAUUUCUAUCAAAUGAUACAAAAGGAUUAGGUUCAGCUGAACUAAACAAUCCAAAUGAAAAUGUAGCGUUUCUUCCUUUUGGAUCUGGUACACGAGCUUGUGUUGGGCAGAAAUUUGUUAUCCAAAUUGUUGCCACAUUGUUGGCAUCACUGCUAGAAACUUAUGAGGAAAGGAUAAACACUAGAGAAACAAAUGGAGUGUGAGGGAAAUGAUGAAUAUAAGGCUCAACUCAGGCUCGGAUGAUGACCCAAAACCAAUCUUGAAGAAUCAUGUUCUUCAGCAUCAUCCUGAUUCACCAAUAUUGUUUGUGAGAAGAGACCAGUGAAAGAAAAUAAGUACAACCAUACUGUGUAGAUAAAGUUGGUGUAGUAAUCCAAGUCAAUGAUGCAGAAAAAUUCUGGACCCUUUUUUUCUUCUUCGCAAGUUAUCUUUUUCCUUUUUGUUCCAAGAUGAAUGGGGAAGCUCUUCUUGAUAUUCAUGGCUCAUGGCUGUCAUCUGGGAGGAUACAACUUAGUUUCUCAAGUUUUUUCCCUUCCUGUUUUAAACAUUGCCCUAGUGUUGGUUUCAAACCAUAUGGCACAUCUUUUUCGUGGAAAACAUUGUGGGUCUAUGCUGCUAUGGAGCCUUAGGUUUUCCUUCCCCUUCUUUGGAUGUGAACCUCUUUACAUAUAUGAUGUUAUCAACUUUUUUUACUUCUGAAAGAAGUUUGUUUUUGUAUCUUGAUUUUGCCAGAAUGAAAUGUACUUGGAUAUGUACUUUAAUUGCCAAACAUUAUGUGGAACAGCUGGUUAUCCUAAAGGCAAGGCUGAUUGUAAUGGCGAUAAAUGCAUACUUUAUAUAUUGGGCAGUGUCUAUUAUGAGUCA